CACACGCGCAGCCGCCAGUCGUAACCGAGGGUGCCUCAGGGACGCUUUUUUAUUGGCUCAAGCCUUGUUCAACCUCCUCUUCAAGUUAAAGGAGGAAGCGACUAAGAAAGAAGUAAAGAAGCGCAAGGAUGGAAUUUAAAAUCGAACAUCAGUGGAACAGCUUGCCAAUAUCCCAUGAGCCGAUAAUAAUCAAGCUGACACCAGAAAAUGCAGGAAUACUUAUGGAAGUGAGUGCUCCAUUUUUCAAUGAUCCUCCAGCUCCUCCUGGUGAGUCAGGAAAACCAUUCAAUGGACUGUGGGACUAUGAGGUUGUAGAAGCAUUUUUCUUGAAUGGUCAAACGGAGCAGUAUUUAGAAGUGGAGCUGUGUCCGCAUGGACAGCAUCUUGUAUUGUUGCUUUCUGGCAAACGGAAGGUAUGCAAACAAGACCUCCCUUUAAUGUUUGAAGUGUCAAGAACAAGUACCAAAUGGAAUGGCAAAGCUCAUCUACCUUGGAGCUAUUUUCCACCAGCCUUUGACAAAUUUAAUGCAUUUGCAAUUCAUGGAUCAGGAGUUAACAGAAUUUAUGAAGCUCUCUACCCUGCCCCUCAGCUUGAGAUCCAGAAAGAACAGAAGCCUGAUUUCCAUCGUUUAGAGUAUUUUAAAAGUUUUAAGAUAAAGCAGUUAAUGGGAGAUAAUUGGAGGCAGCCAGAAUCAGAACUAUGGGCAUUAUACAAACAUAGCAAUUAGGACAAGAAAUAGCACACCAACUAAAGUAAGGCAGGUUUCACACCAGAUAAUCUCUCAGAAAUAAGGUAUCAUAUUUUCUAGUCCAAGCUAAGCUAAUAUUUCAACAAAUUCGUAUUCAGGCUUCCGCCACCUUUUGAUGAUUCACUUUUUGACAACUCACUGUUUUGCAAGGCAAGUUCCAUUAAUUUGAUGAGGGGUUCACUCUUUCAUCAGUUCUUCUUCCUAUGAGGCUUGUGCACACCUAUGGAAAUAGCAGACCCCUCCUUGAAUCACGUGAAAGCUCUUCUUGUUUGAUCUUGAAUUAAAAAAUGAUAUAUAGUGUGCUAUUCAUUGGUUUGCUGUGAGUUUUCCAGGAGGUAUGGCCAUGUUCUGGAACAUGGCUAUACAGCCCGGAAAACUCAUAGCAAACCAGGUAUUCCGACUAUGAAAGCCUUCGACAACACAUUGUACUAUUCACAUUUUACAGCAUCCAGAAUACAUUUGCAAGCUUUAAAAAUCUUCGGUUUUACUUUUUAUAGAAUCAUAAGAAUCAUAGAGUUGGAAGAGACCAGAAGAACCAUCCAAUCCAACCCCAGCUGAUUCCAUUUUCUGAUGGCACUUCAAUCCCUAAUCCAUCAGAUAAGCAGCCUUCCUUUAUAGACUUUUUCCUCACAUACAAUUUUUGUAGCAAAAUAUUUCAAAUUCUAAUCAUUAAAGGGCCUUUGUGCGUCAACAAUGUCUCCCUUGGAAUGCAAAAAUUAAAAAGGUAGAAAAAUAUUUGAACAAGUAUGCAACUUAUUUCUGUGUCUUUGGACACAUAUGUUCAUCUGCACUUGAAUUUCAACUGUGAUGGUUAUAGCAUGCCUUCUGAUAACUGAUCAUUAUUUCUACAGUAAAUGAAGUGGGAAAAUCAUUUUUGGCAAAGCUCUACUUUUGUUUCUAAUGGAUAGAAAUCAAGAUAUAGUCCAGCUGUAUGUUUUAAUGAAUCAGUAAAGCAUGGCAUUUGGAGCAUGAGUGAAACACAAAGAUUUUCCUGGUCUAGUAUGCUGGGUGGACCCUUCUUGGAUUCUGAAUAUUUAUCUUUUUGCAACCUGAGCAUAUAAUUCUUACAUUUGCAUUAGUAGUUAUUCAGCCUGCUCAUAAUAUAUUCCACUACCUCUGUUUCUUCUUGCAUUUUCAGUAAAUUAACAGUAAUUCUUCAAAAGGAUUUAGGAUCCUAAUAACCUUGAAUUCAUGGAAAAUCAUUUCUUUGAAUUUAAGCAAAACUUUAAAAAAUGGGGAAAAGGUGAAAUAUGUUUCAUUUAACCAGAAAUAUAUAUUGCCAAAAUGUAUUUAACAGGCUAAUUUGUGAGUUGUGACCAAGAGCUCACCAGGGUAAUGGAGCUUGACAGCAUGAAGACAUACUCCCAUGGGCAAUUAGGAGGACAAGGGUUGCCUUCACAGUGUUUGUGACAAUUGUGCAGCAAAGAUAGAAUAACCAUCAUCAUAUUUCCAGAUCUUCUGAUAAUAUGUUGAAUUAUUCUAGCAUAAAUUGAAUGGUGCCUGUCUGUUUCCUUACCUACUAAUCAGCCAUGAGAGCAUGAUUCAUCUUCAUCAGGGUGCAGUUGUGCUUGCGGCACAUUGUACAAGGUUGUAUUAGCUCCUUCUGAAACCGGGGUCCUCAAACUUUUUAAGCAGAGGGUCAGUUCAUGAUCCCUCAGACUAUUGGAGGGCUGGACUAUAGUUUGAAAAAAAAAUGAACACAUUCCUAUGUACAUAGCACAUAACUUAUUUGUAGUGCAACCCCCUGCCCCAAACCCCAAUACAAUAUUUAAAAUGAAGAACAAUUUUAACCAACAUAAAUUUACCAGUAUUUUAAUGUGAAGUGUGGACUUGCUUUUGGUUAAUGAGAUAGUCAAGUUAAUUAGGAUUGUUGUUGUGUGGCUUCAAGUCAUUCCAGACUUAGGACUAAGUCUAAAGCUUAAGGCAGGGGGCAGGUAAAUGACCUUGAAGGGCCGCAUCUGGCCCACAGGCCUUAGUUUGAGAAACCCUGUUCUAUAGUGUUCCCAGAAGUACCUACCUUGGCACAACCCCUCUGAGUAUUCCUUUUAACUGGUUUUGCCUCCGGGUUACAAUAUGUUUUAAACCCAGUAUAAAUUUUUAAACUGUGUAUUUAUUGUGAUACUGUUAUGUUAAUUUAACCUGCAUAUAAUUGUUGGUUACAUAUUUUGUCUUGUCUUUUUGCUUUUGCUUAUGUAUGUGUUAUGAUUUAAUUUUGUUGUAAGCCGCCCCAAGUCCUUUUGGAGAGGGGGCGGGCUAUAAAUAUAGCUUAUUAUUAUUGCUUAGGAAGGCCCUACUAAAUUCAUGAGAUAACCAUAAGUCAAAUGACAGUUCGAAGACACAUACAUUCCAGUAUAUGUCACCUAUAAGAUUUCCAGCUUCUAUCUGGUGAGCUGAAAGCAACUGUGUCUCUGCACACUGUGUAUCAAACAGGUUUUCUUUUCUCACGCUAUACUGAUUGUGCCUUGUGUAAAGAAAUAAUGGAUUGACAUAUAUUGAUUCAGGUGCUUUUAUGUUGUCUCUUCCCAUCAUACAUAGACCUGAGCUAGCUGUGUUCUCUUUUAAGUCUGUCUUCAUUUGAUUUAAACUUGUUUUAAAGAUACUUUAAAUCCAAAUAAAAUCUGAAUUUACAAAUGAA